AUGUCGGCGUCGCCCUCACAGCUCACCGUGUCGGGCGGCCCGGCCGCCGGCCACUUCAACCCGUCGUCAGCAACGACGGCAGACCCCUUUAGUGGCACUCCAUACGCCGUGGCUCCGCCCGUGGGAGGCACCUCGUCGGCGUCAACCACGUCGCCCACGUCGCCCACCAACCCGCGCAAGCGUCGCGCGUCUGGCACUGCCCAACACCAGCAGAUAGCCCCUAACGCGACGAUAGCUCCCUCGAGCGUGACUGCCGGGACGGGCAGCACGUCGUCUGCCUAUCCACCAGACCCGUCCGGCUUGGGCGGCGCUGAGAGCGAGCCUCAGCAGCCCGUACAGCCGCCGCCGCCCAAAAAGGGGAGAACCAACACUCCGUGGACGGCAGCCGAGGAACAGCGCUUGAAGAUCAUGAGGGAUGCGGGGAACAGUUGGAGUGAGAUUGCAAAGGUACGGUGA